UCAAAACUGGCAACUAACAAAACUAAUAAAAUUUGUUUUUAAUUGCGGCAUAAUUAAAAAAAUCUUUAAAGGAACCAGAUAGAGCGUACCUACUAAAACAAUACUAAACUAUGGCAAUUUUAUUACACGUUUCAGAUCUUAUUAAUUUUCAAUAACAAAACUUGAUUUUGUAUAUCUAAAGCAUCCUUAAAAGAUCCUUCUGAGGCCCACAUCGGUUUUCCAUGUUAAAGCGUCAUUUCGUAAAGUCUAAGGUAUCCCUAAUAAAUUCUUCUAAGACUCUUCUCAGCCUUGCCUAUUAAAGCCUUGUUUAUUAGAUCUAAGGUACCCCUAACAAAAUCCUCAUCAGUUUUCCUUAUCAGAGUCUUAUUUCGUAAAAUUUAAGAUAUCCCUAAAAGAUCCAUCUCGGGGCCUGAUUUGAUAAUAAUGAGGCAUCCCUUUUUUAGGACAUCCUACUUUCAACCUUAUUGGAGCUUUACGCUUCAUAAGGAUGGCUCUAACAAUUUUUUGCUCGGGAAGUCCAAACAUGCGCUUCUUACUUAUUACGAAGUAUACCUGUUAAGAACGCAACUACAGCGAGCGACUUCAAGCUCGUUCGGCGCAUUAACGAAUGAGAGUUUAGUUCGGACACCUUGUAGGCCCGACAACAAAGUGAGUUUCUUCCUCGCACAAUCGUGAGCUGAAAAGUCACCUGCUAUUUUUGGUGUGAUUUUCGGAAUGCGUCCAUAUUGUCCAGUGAGACAAUCCUCCCAUUAGACAAGAUGAAUGCGUUUCGAAGUUUACAAAAAAAAAAAGAGGCGGAUGGCCUUUCAUCUAUUCAUAAUUGUACUUUCAAACGAUCGUUGCGGAGACCUGGGAAUCCCGUCGGAAUUCUCUCCGACGACGUUCCAAUGGUUGGUCUCGACCAGGUUCGUGUCGUUCUUUCAGUCCUGAUCUGGAUGGUCUACACCUUCUGGAGGCGUUACAGCGCCAAUCCGUUUCGCACAGUCGUCGAGUCCUUUCAAGCACCGAUAUUCAUGAUUCCCUUCCCGGCAGUGACCCUUUGCCCUUUGGUACCGCCGUUGGCCGCGAGACGCGGGCAGUUGCUGCAGCGGCUGCGUUUGCCGGCCGACGUCGACAACAAUACGGCGAUGUUUCUGCUCAAGUACGUGCGUACGUUCGUUCGCCAACAAACCGCCGUGAUUUGCAGAACGAGCGGCGAUCGCGAGAAGAUCGCCGGUCGCGCGGCUCUCGAGAGCAACAUCUUCGCCACAAAAUUCCUCAGGUACGGCACCGCCUUUGCGAGCGAGCGCGUGCUCGGCGGCAAGAACCACCUGAACAAGUUGAGGACGCUGCUGGAAGUGAACAACAUGACGCUGCUGGAGCUGCUGAAGUUCCUGCGACCUUGCGAGGACCUGAUCGAGUCCUGCUGGUGGGACGGAGAGAAGAAGAACUGCAGCGAGAUAUUCAGAGUGUCUCACGCGUCGCAGGGUGUGUGCUGCUCCUUCAACUUCCUCUUGGAGGAUUACAUAGCGAACAGCAAUUUGGGCAUCAUCCGGUACAUCAAGACUGCUUUCUUCGGCCCGGCGAGUGGUCUCGUGAUUACCCUCCAUCGGAAACUGCUGGUGGAGAAUGACGGCACCGGGGAGUUCGUGAAAUACUCGACCAACUCCGUCGGCAUCCUGGUGUACACUCAUCAUCCUCUGGAGUACCUCGGCGCCAUCGCUAAUAGACAUCUCCUCCAAGCGGGACAGGAAUUACGGGUGACCGAUAACCGUUUACAACUGCGAGAAUUUACAUGUCUUUCGCGAAAACACACUAUCAGAGAAGCCGAGCCCGAUAGCUUUGCGAUCUCUCGCCGACAGAUCGCCGUGAUACCAUACGUGAAGAAGAAGCUCAGCGGGUACUCCCGGCUGAACGCUCGCAACGAGCUGGUGCCGCAUUGCGUGAAGAACGAGGCCGCCAAGCUCAAGUACCUUCCCGUGUAUCUCUACUCCAACUGCUUCGUCGACUGCUCCAUCGAGGCUGCCCUGCGAAUCUGCGGCUGCGUGCCGUUCUACUACGAGGCCGUGGCGGUCAGAUACUCGUUGAAAGUAACCGGAAGCCGCGUUGCGUCGCGUUCUUUUAUUUCCUACUUCAGGCAGGUUGCGAAAGGUUCGCCGCUUUUCCGCUUUCGCGCUCGUGGAAAGUCUGUUCGCGCGUAUUGGAAAGGAAAUGAACAAACUCCUUACGCCCGGUUUCUUCGCACCUCCCAAUACGACAUAUUCUCCUCCGGGCCAGUUCUAUCCGAUCAACCAACCAACCGACAUAUUCUUCUCAAGCCACUGAAAUCCAUAUCUGCCAGAUAUCCGCAUCUUCAGAUCUGCGACUGGGAGAAUUUCAAUUGCCUCUACGAGAACGCGGACAACAUACGAGUGAUUCAGGAGAGCAGAAUGGGAAACUUUACGUGCAGAUGCUAUUCCCCGUGCUUGGAGGUGUUUUACGAUUCACGAGGGACGACGGUCGUGCUGAACAGACACGAGUCCAACGUGUGGUCUACGCACAAAAAUAUGUCGGACGCGCAAGCGAUCAUGACGGUGUUCAUGAGUUACCAGACUUUCACCAGCACCGAUACGAUCCCGAGCGCCGAUGAGUUGUAUUUGCUAGCGUCGGUGGGCGGUAUCUUUAGUCUCUUCCUGGGCUGCAGUUUUCUGAGCGUCGUGGAGAUCUUCUACUUCGUCGGACUGUACAUCCGCUCGUACCGCAACUCGAAGAAGCCGAAAUGACCGCCAUUGACCGGGAGGUAUUUCGUCACGCAGCAGAGUGGCCCGAGAGCGCCGAUAUAAAUAUUAUUAUAUAAUUAUAUUUCGCGUCUAUCGCGCUUUGUGCUCAUUCUGUAACUCUUAGCGACACGCGGGACAGGCAGCUCCGCUGAUGUGAGUGAACUUUGCCCCGUUAAUUAAACGACUUUCGAGAGCCAGAGAGGAUAUUUCUUCUAAUUUUACACGGGAGAACACGCAACCGAGUCGCCUGUUGCCUGGGAGAGCGGCAGGAUAGAAAAGAAAACUGCAAGAUUCCUACGUACGAAGAAAAAUAUUGUAGUAAAAAUUACAUCCCAGUUAUGUUCCCUUCUACAAUAUCUUUUGUAAUUAACUGGACCACACAGAUACUGCAAUACACCCGAGAAAAAUAUUCUAUUUGUAAAGUGAUCUUUCCCAUAGGCUCAUAUUUCUAAGCGAAGCCUUUUAUGGGAAGAGAAUUCCUCCUUCGAUAAAGCGAUUAGAAUGAACCACUCAUCUAAAAUUUAU